AUGGCCCAACUAUUUUAUCCAUCUACGCCGACCCUGCUCCCGCAACCGGGCAGCGACUUUCAAAUCGCACUGUUCAAGGAAUGGCUACGAGUGUGCCAAGAACAGCACAGCCACCAGUUCAAGUGCGAGGAUGAGUUCCCUACCCGCGUUCUUGACGUUGGAACCCCGGAACACCCCCAAAUUCGCCUUCGUGAUGGGACAGAAGCCAUCUCGAAGCGUUAUGUUGCGUUGAGUCACUGCUGGGGUGCCGAGCCGUGUUUCAAAACCCUCAGGAACAACAUCGAUCAUUUCAAGAAGCACAUCGAAUUCGAGGAGCUCCCAAAGACCUUCAGAGAUGCCGUCAAAGUUACCAGGGCUCUAGGCUUCCGCUAUGUCUGGAUCGAUUCCUUGUGCAUCAUUCAAGAUGACCUCCUUGAUUGGGAACGAGAAGCCGCCUCCAUGGGCCAUGUUUUCAGCUCUGCCAGCGUCACGAUUGCUGCUAGCUCUGCCAGGUCAUCUGCCGAGGGCUUUUUGCCAGCCAAAAGGGAGUGGCAACCGCGUGUCACCAUCAGAACAGCGUCAAAAGGGACCGCCUUUAUCUGCAUGUCCAUCAAUGACUUUCACCAGGACGUUGAGAAGUCGGCUCUGAACAAACGGGGUUGGGUCUUGCAGGAGAGAGCGCUCGCACGUCGCACCCUUCACUUUACGUCAUCUCAAGUCUAUUGGGAGUGUGGAAACGGUAUUCACUGCGAAAGCAUGAUGAAGCUGGGGAAAGCUGCCUUCCUGGGCGAUUCCGACUUCCCGAACUCGGCUCUGGGCUAUUUCAAGGGAGCAAGAAUCCUUCUUUUUCAGAAUCUGUACCAGACAUACUCAGCGCUCGAUUUCACCCACAUGACUGAUCGCUCCAUCGCCAUCAAGGGCCUUGAGGAAAGACUCGUAAAGGCCUUCAACACCAAAGGUGGCUUCGGAAUCUUCGAACGGUACUUGCACAGGAGCCUCCUUUGGCAAAGGGAUAGCGAGUCAGCCUUGGUCCACAUCACUCAUCCUCCGGGGAGACACAUACCCUCUUGGUCUUGGAUGGCAUACAGCGGCCGCAUCUCUUACUUGGAAGCGCCAUUUGAUCGAAUCGAGUGGCAAGAUCAUGUUCAGUCACCUCUCACCAGCGAAAGCGGACUCAAGCAGCACUGGAAGGCCGACCAAGUUUCCGUCGUCAGUCACACGCUACGAGGCCCCAUGAGGAAGCUGAAGCUGGAAGCAACAGAGCUGGAUGAAAGGAUAACCUUUGACCAAGAAGAACGGACAGCAGUCAGAGAUCUGCGGUGUAUUGUCCUUGGGGUAAAGAGAUUGGCAAGCCUGUCGGCAAUUGCUGAACACUACGUUCUUAUCAUCAAACCAGCUUCAUCCGGAGAAACAAAUCAGUACACAAGGGCGGGGGUGGGCAGUUUGCUUCCGGAGCACAUAUCAGAGGACGCGGAAAUUGAAGUUUUUGUAUCUUAG